AGAGAAUGGUUCGCAAGAAGGCCAAAAGUAAGCGCAUGACAUGCGCAAGACGGUAUAAAAAUCAAAAAAAUAUUAAUGAACAUAAAAGGAAAGAAAGGAGAGAAGCAAGAAAGAAUCCUAAAUCUCGUAAACUGAAAAAGGAUCCUGGUAUUCCAAAUCUAUAUCCGUUUAAAGAUCAACUCUUGAAUAAAAUUGAGCAACAGAAAAGAAAACUUGAAGAUGAAAAGCAGCGACAAAAGGAUGCACGAAAUUCCUUAUUCAAUAAGAAUCGUAAAUUAAAUUUUGCAUCACUAUCUGAAGAUGCAUCUAAGCGAGAUGCAGAAUUCGACAAUGAUCAUGUUUCUGAAGAAGAGGGAAUAUCAACAGCUAUAGAUGCGGCCGUCGUUGGACAGAAAGAUAAUUCUCGCAAAGCAUAUUACAAAGAAUUUCGUAAGGUUCUUGAGGCAGCUGAUGUCAUUUUAGAAGUAUUGGACGCUCGUGAUCCUUUAGGUUGCAGAACUAAACAUAUUGAAAAAAUGAUACUAGAGAGUGGAUCUACUAAAAGGGUCAUUUUAGUGUUAAAUAAAAUCGAUCUUGUUCCCAGGGAAAAUAUAAUGCAGUGGCUUAUAUAUCUCCGUAAAGAACUUCCAACAAUUGCUUUUAAGUCCUCUACUCAAUCACAGAGAAAAAAUCUUGGUCAUGUUUCUGCCUCGGUAUCUACUGCAUCAAAUAAAAUGUUACAACACAGCAAUGAGUGUUUGGGUGCUGACAUGCUCAUCAAGCUUCUUAAAAACUACUCUCGAAAUUUAAAUAUAAAAACUUCAAUUACUGUUGGAGUAAUCGGAAUUCCGAACGUUGGAAAAUCUUCUAUUAUUAACUCCUUAAAACGUUCUAAAGUUUGUGAUAUAGGCGCAACUCCAGGUUUAACAAAAUUCGCACAAGAAAUUCAUUUGGACAAGAAUAUUAAAUUGUUAGAUUGUCCUGGAAUUGUAUUCACUCGUGACAAAAAUGCGGAAAUUUUAUUAAGGAAUUGUAUCAAAAUUGAAUUGUUAGAUGAUCUCAUUUCACCUGUUGAAUUGAUUGUUUCACGUUGUAAACCGGAACAACUCAUGAUAAGGUACAAUGUCCCAAUGUUCAGGGAUGUUAACGAAUUCCUUUUACAUCUUGCCCGCCAAAGGGGUAAAUUAAAGCAUGGUGGUAUUCCCGAUAUUGAUUCGGCAGCAAAGAUCGUUUUGCAGGAUUGGAAUUCUGGUAAGAUACCAUAUUAUACUAUUCCACCAGUGAUUGACAAAAAUAAUGCUAUCCUUGAUAGUACUAUUGUUUCAACAUGGAGUAAAGAAUUCAAUUUGAAUGAAACGUGCAAUGAAGUAGAAGAUCAAAAUAUUUUAAGUGGUUCAAAGAGCGAGAGUGAUUUUGACAGGGUAAUGGUAGACUCGGAUGAAAGUAACAAUUAAUUUAUGAAAAUUCUGUUCAAAAUUUAAAUUUUUAAUAAACUAAUAUAUAUAUAUAUAUAUAUAGAGAAAUAAAGUCAGUAAUAAAUAAUUAAUAAGUAGG